AUGCAACCAACAGAGCAGGUCCAGAUCGUCAGUGGCAUCAAUGCCUACACGCCAAAGGAGACCAUCGAGCUAUGUGGCCGAGCAGGCGUCUACAAGGCACACAUGCGCAUCGACAAGAUGUUCCUGAGCUGCAUGAUUGCUGGUAUGCUGCUCUCCUUCGCAUGCGCGGUGUCGUUGAGCACCAGCACGGCGCCCUGGUUCCAAGAGAACGCGCCCGGGCUCAUCAGGAUGAUCGGAGCGCUGGUUUUUCCAAUCGGCCUCGUUAUGGUGUUGACGUCUGGGGUUGAUCUCUGCACCGGCAGCUUUAUGUUCACAACGUUGUCAGUACUGCAACGCAGACUUAGCAUACCACGCAUGCUCAUACACUGGUCCGUGACAUUCUGGAGUAUUAUGCUGGGCUGUCUCUUCGUGGUGGUCUUCAUCAUUGGGUACGGCGGCAUCUUCGACUCGGAGCCAUACCGAUCUCAGGCUAUCUUGAACGCGGAUAAGAAGAUCGUGUCUCCCGACUGGCAUAUGAUCUUCCUUCGUGGCAUAGGCGCGAAUUGGCUCGAUCUGAAGAUAUCGGUUUGGUAUUACAUCUGGAAGUCCAUGCUGCCAGCGCUGUUGGGCAACAUUCUUGGUGGGGAUCUGUUCGUGGCCGUCGUCUUUUGGUACCUGCACUGGGAAGGCCAUGAUGCUAUCUCUGUCGACAACACCUUCUUUGCAAGAGAAGGUGCGCAUCUGGUGAUCACGAAACGUGACGGUGCCACAGGUCCAUCCGAGACGCCAAGCAGCGUCUACUCCGCGGACGAGAGGAAGGGGAGCUUCAGAAGCCAAGAAGCCAUAGAUAGUGUGAGCACACAGUGGCAAGAGUGA